AUGAAUAUGUUUUCGCUAGCUAAAGAUCGAUUGUUAUUUAUUUGCAAGAAAUCACCCUUGUGUCUUAUAUUUCAGACUGCUAGAUCUGAAUCUUAUCCGAAACUGAUUAUCUUGUACUUGAAAUACUUGGAUGAAAAGUUGGAAUUUCACAAAAAGUAUCAAGCUAUUCCAUCAAAUUUUACCAGCCAAUCUAGUGGAUCUAUUAUAGACUUACCGACAAAGGAUAUGAACGAUACCUACCAAUUGGUAGUAGACUUACUCGAUUUGCAGGAUCAGCUAUUACGUCUUCAAUAUUAUGUUUACGAAGCUGUUGGACUAAGUGGUUCUAUGAAUCCAUCUGGACAAUGUAAAGUUUUUUGUUUUAUUACCAUCAUCCACGAAUCAUACAACAUUUAUGGACUCAUAGUAAAAGCAAUGUUUGAAUUGCAUAAAUAUCUUGACCCUGAAUUCCUAGCAGGCCAUAGAACAAGAUUUUCGAAGCAAUUGGCAGUAUUACGGACUUUUUACAACAACGCCCAUACUUUGACAUACCUAAGGACUUUAACACCAAUUCCUACUCUGCCUGAGAAUGAAAUAGAAUUUGUUCAAGGGGAUGUUUCUAACGUUGUAAUCACGUCUUAUCGUGAAAGUCGAACAGAUUUUUCGCAUGAUUCGCUACCUUCACCAGAUGCUAGCCCUUCUCCAGAUCUCAUCAGCGAUCUUGAUGCUACUGAUAGAUCCAGUGCCUCGCUUUCAUCACCAAUCAGUCCAGCUGCGACUAUUGAGCAUUCUUUUGCUGAUAUCCCUGAAACUGUUGACAUGCAAAAUGUGUCUUCACCAAGAGUCGACGACAGUAAGGAUGAAUUGAUUAAUCAUUUACGCCAACGAAUUGAAGAGCUACAAAUUGAAUUAGUAAAAUGCAAGUCUGAGUUGUCUAUUGUAGAGAAGUUACUAAUUUUUGUAUUCAAAUCUUUCAAGUUCGAAUCCGAGAAGAGCCGAAUGCAUGAGCAAAUCCUUGAGUACGAAGAAGAAAUUCAGCAAUUGAAGACAACUAUCAAAGCGAUCCAACAAGAAUUGGCGGAAUAUCGAGCAAUUGCAGAAGAGUCAUGUCAAGAAAAUGUACAACUAAAGGCACAUCUUGAUACCUUAGCUAUAGCUUCACCUCAAGUAGCAGGAGGGGAAUGGGAAGCUAAAUUCAAUAAAAUGAAGCAAAUGUAUCUUAAAGUCAGAGACGAUCAUGUUAAUCUUCUUAGAAAGCACGGCAACAUAGAAAGUCAGCUAAAGGCCGCACUAUUGGAAAAUGGGGAUAUAUUAGUGGAAUUGGAAUCGAAGACUGCUGACAAUGACAACCUAUCACAAGAACUUAGUGCGCUAGUGGUCAAGUUAGAUUUGCUUAAUAAGCAACAUGAACAGGAACUACGACAAAAAAAUAAUAAGCUGCAAGAUCAAACAAAACAAUUAGAAAGCGUUCAUGCGGAAAUGGAGGCUCUUAAAGCUAGUACAGAAACAAUUACAGUUAAAGCAUCGGUGAAUAAGUCCUUACAUGCUCUGACUGACGCUGUCGAUGAAAGAUUAUUACAAAGUAGCAAUGAAGAGAACGUACCAACAAGUGAUUCGGACAAAAAUGAAUUUCAAUUUUCGAUGAUAGAUUGGUCACUGCAACAAGCAAUUGCAAUGAUUUCAUUAUCAUUAGAUGGAAAAAAUCCCUCAGCACUUCCUGUUGAUGAAUCUCUAGAUUCCAUGCUGUUUCUAGCGGAAAAUUCUUCACAGAGAGCAACUAUGCUUACUGUUGACUUGCGUGAAUAUUUUAAAAAUAACUCUGUCUUUUCAGAAAUCAUUGAAAAGUGCGAGAAUGCUGGAUACAGUGUUCGAAAGUUUUUAGAAGACCUAAGAAGUACAAUCAAAGAUGAUCCAUCCAUGCUAGAAGCGGUAUCUGAAGAUAUAAAACAUACCCUAGACGCCAUAAUAGAUUUAGUAAAGAAACAAUGCGAAUCUGCGAACGCCGUUGAAAAAGGUGAUAUUGUUGGAGAAGAAAUGGCGUAUACAACGGAGGCAAUUGAUGUUGCAACGGCCAAAAUUGAGGCUUUACUAAGACGCGCACGUGAGAAUGAAACUGGGACUAAACUAGAAGUGAAUGAGAGGAUUUUAGAUUCCUCAACGAAACUAAUGAAUGCGAUAAGAUUACUUAUUAUUCGGGCUUCUAUUCUGCAAAAAGAAAUAGUAAGGAUAAAGAAGGGAAUCAGCAGUGGUAAAAAAGAUUUUUAUAAGCGUAAUAAUCGGUGGACUGAAGGACUAUUAUCAGCGGCAAAGGCUGUUGGAGCAAGUGCUUCAAAUUUUGUAGAGGUAGCCAAUGAAAUGAUGGAAGGUACUUGUGGAUUAGAGGAACUUGUUGUAGCUUCGCGUGAAAUAAGCAGCAGUACUGUGCAGCUGGUUACGGCUUCCAGAGUUAAAUCGAAUCCUAGAAGUGAGAAUUUGCUGCAAUUAGAAAGUGCAUCUAAACUAGUCACUGCGUCAACUACCGAGGUUAUAGCAGCAGCCAAUGCUGGAAGAAAAGUUUUAGCUGAAGACGAUCAAAACUAUGAUUUUUCGAAGAUAUCAUUAACCCAAGCCAAACGAUUGGAGAUGGAAUCACAGGUGCGUUUACUUCGUUUGGAAUCUAAUGUAACCAAAGAAAGAGGUUAUCUAGGAAGAAUCAGAAAGCAUCAUUACCAUUUGGCCGGUGCGAGCGAAGGCUGGGAAGUAGAUGAAGCGGAGGAAGCUAACGAAGCUUCAGAGAACCCAGACGAAGGAGACAAAGAGAUAAUUAAUAAAGAAACGGAUAAUCCUGAAUGA